GACAAGGACCUGGUCCAUGAGUUUGUGGUGUCUGAAGGACUGACAUGUCUAUCAAGGUCGGAGCUGAAGCAGACCAGAACUACCAGAAUUACAUCCUCAGGGCUCUGGGACAGAUCAUGCUGUAUGUGGAUGGAAUGAACGGCCUCAUAAGUCACAACGAAACCGUCCAAUGGCUUUACACACUCGUUGGAUCCAAGUUCCGUCUGGUCGUGAAGACAGCUCUGAAACUGUUACUGGUGUUUGUGGAGUACACUGAACCCAACACUGCCCUGCUCAUCCAUGCUGUCAACACCGUGGACACCAAGAGAGGCUGUAAGCUGUGGUCCAAUGCCAUGGAGAUUCUGGAGGAGAAGGAUGGGGUGGACACAGAGCUGCUGGUGUAUGCCAUGACCCUCAUCAACAAGACUCUAGCGGGCCUGCCUGACCAGGACUCAUUCUAUGACGUGGUGGACUGUUUGGAGGAGCAGGGCAUGGAGGCCAUGUCUCAGAGACACCGUAGCAGGAAGGGAACAGACCUGGACCUCAUGGAGCAGUUUAACAUCUACGAGACUACUCUGCGCCAUGAGGACGGGGACGACGAGAGCCAGCCAACUACCGUGGGUCGGAAGAACCGGCGGCGUGCCAGCGUGGGGGGCACCAACGACCGGCGAGGCCUGGAGAGGAGACGCAGCCGGAGACACUCCCUCCAGAAUGGGAGAGGAAUCACCUCAGCCCCUACUUCCCCCAGCAGCCCUCACUCUCACGGAGGACACAACGGUAGCUUCCUGCCCUUCGGAGGCCAGGGCAUCGACGACGUCAGCGAAAGAGAGGAGGAAGAGGAGGAGGAGGAAGAGGAGGAGGAGGAUGAGGAAGAUGAUGAGAGUCAUGAUAUCACAGAGACCACUAGAAAGGUCUUCCACAGCAGCCAAACAGCUGUAUUGUAUACAUCUAGAGCACCCGUUAGUGCUGGAAGCCGACACAUAGGCCACGUCAUGGCGCUCCCUGGCAGGUCCCAGGGUGUAGCCAGCGCCAGCGCCCCCACCACCCCUGUACACCGCUCCCAGGGUGUUGCCAGCGCCCCCACCACCCCUGUACACCGCACCUUUGCCACCUCAGGGGCACCACAGCUGGACUCCAAGUCUGACAGACCUUCUCUGGGGAGCUUGUUGUCCUCCUCCUACAGACAACACCAGGAGUCUCUGACUGCAGAGAGAGAGAGGAGGAGACAAGAGAGGGAGGAACGACUGCAGAAAAUCGAGAGGGAGGAGAGGACCCGCUUCAAUCGGGAUUACAUGGACAAGAGGGAAGAGACAAGACAGGCCAGAGAAGAGAG